AUGGCGUUUGCAACUUUAAAGGAGGAUUUGAUUGCACAGCUCCAACCUUAUAAAUCGCAUAUUAGUGGUGGCAAUAAUAUUCAUGUAUUCAAUGACGUUUCCAUUCGGUCUUCGCUUUACAAACAAGACAAUCCAGAGAUCAUGGGGUCAGACGUCAUGGGUCUUGUAGUGAUGAAGAACAACGCAAAGCUCGUAUUUGAUGCUGUUUAUGUUAUAAAAGAAGCAAGGAUGUUCAAAGAAGAUAUUCUUUACAAUCAUGCCUAUGUAUGCGAAAAAGAAGUCACCAAGCACACAUAUAUUGUAUGCGAUGCGCAAAACAUUACCUAA